CACCCCCCCCCCCGACUUUCGCUUCCGGUCCCUACCUACGCCGGGACCGUGCCUCCCGUUUGCGCAGGCGCAGUUAGAGGGUCUGGUGGCGGCCCCGGAAGGAAAAUGUCUGGCCCGGGCAGCAUGGCUAGCGGAGCGGCGGGCUCGGCCGAGGGGCCCGGGGACGCGGCGCGGGCCCCGGAGCAGGCCCUGUUCCCGCCGGCAUUCAGCGUGUCCGAGAUCAAGAACAAGCAGCGGCGCCAUUUCAUGUUCCUGCGCUGGAAGCAGCAGCAGAGGAAGGAGAAAUUGGCAAAUAAGAAAAAACGGAGAAAGGAGAGAGAAGCCCUUGGAGAUAAGGCACCACCAAAGCCUGUACCGAAGACAAUUGAAAAUCAGAGAGUUUAUGACGAAACAACUGUAGAUCCUAAUGAUGAAGAGGUUGCUUUUGACGAAUCUACCGAUGAGUUUGCACCAUACUUCAAUAGACAGACAGUUCCCAAGAUUCUUAUCACAACAUCAGAUAGACCUCGUGGGAGAACAGUGAGAUUCUGUGAACAGCUGUCUACUAUCAUACCUAACUCACAUGUUUACUAUCGAAGAGGACUGGCUCUGAAAAGAAUUAUCCCACAGUGCAUCUCACGAGACUUCACAGAUCUGAUUGUUAUUAAUGAAGAUCGCAAAAUACCAAAUGGACUUGUUUUAAGUCAUUUGCCUGAUGGUCCAACUGCUCAUUUUAGAAUGAGCAGUGUUCGUCUGCGUAAAGAAAUAAAGCGAAAAGGAAAGGAGCCCACAAAACAUCAACCUGAAGUGAUCCUGAAUAACUUUACAACACAACUGGGCCAUUCCAUUGGUCGCAUGUUUGCCUCUCUCUUCCCACAUGAUCCUCAAUUCAUUGGAAGACAAGUAGCGACGUUUCACAAUCAGCGAGACUAUAUCUUUUUUAGAUUUCACAGGUACAUCUUCAAGAGUGAAAAGAAAGUGGGAAUUCAAGAGCUUGGGCCACGAUUUACCUUAAAGCUGAGGUCUCUUCAAAAAGGAACCUUUGAUUCCAAAUUUGGAGAGUAUGAAUGGAUUCACAAGCACCGUGAAAUGGACACAAGUAGAAGAAAAUUCCACUUAUAAUGAUCAUCUAGUUCUACCUGAUUAAUAGGAGUGCAGAACUUUGAAUUCUUCUGUAACUAAAUUGAGUCUGGAUUUGGUCCUGUCAUCUCAAAUUCGUUGUUGUUAAACAAUGUUGCUCAUCACUGAGCAAUGUUAUCUGCACAGGCAAACAGACUACAGACACCUUCAAACUUUCUACAAUAGAUAUUUUGAAACACGAAUGGUGUUGUCUUCAAUGUUCCCGCUAGGCCUCAAUGCUGACUCUCAAACCAGUGCUACUGCCUCUAAGGGUAUGUCUAUGCAGCAGCUGGGAAGCAUGCUCCCAGUGCUGGUAGACAAACAUGUACUAACUCUGCUUGAGCUGGCAUGCUAAAAGCAGUGUGGCUGUGGGGGCGGCCUGGGCUAGCCACCUGAGUACAAACCUGCCUGAUCCUGUGGGAACUUACUCAGAUGGCUAGCCUGAGCUGGGGCUCAUGCCACCCCCACCUACACUUCUGUUUUUAGCACUCUAGUAUGAGCAGAGCUAAGGCAUGUUUGUCAACCUGCACUGGGAAGCAUGGUAUAGAAUGCUGAGUAGACGUAUCCUUUGAUUCAAAACUGGCAAAGUUUCCUAGAAUGUGAGUAGCAGCUGCCAGUAGGUUGGAUGGUAGAGACUGUAUCAUGACUACUCCAAUGCCUUAGUAACAAAGCUGUUUGGAAGUAACAUGGUUGGUUGUGCUCGAAGGUAAGUAGAGACAGACUCUGUCAGUUAAAAUACGUCAGACACAAACAAUGUUGCCCUGUUUCUGUAAAUUGUGCUGUAUCAUUGCCAUAACAGCUCCACCUCUGCUGUUCCAAGAACUGUAUUUCAUAACCAGAUUAGCUGUACUUGAAGAAAGGCCUAAUUGUGAGAGGUGGAGUAUGAAGGAAAAGAUAUCUGCCCAGAGACAUGUAUAGUCUUUAAGACAGCUCAGCGUUAAAACACAGGGUUCCAAAAAUGGAGCCCAGUGUGUAUAUAUAGCUGUAUCUUAACUUGAUUAAAUGCACACACUGUCUGAACGGCAGCUUCUUCCAUUUGAGUAAUUUGCCUCUUGGUGCAACUACAGCCCUAAUCUGGCUGCUA